AAAACUAUGUUCAGCUGGUAAAGUCAUUUCAACGUAAAAAUGCUCCGUGCGUUUUAACUUGCUGCUUAUAACAAAAUUACUUGGGCCUGACUGAAACAAAACAUCGUAUGGCUUUUUCUUUGGGCUUAGAAUAAGCGUUAAGGGAAACGGUGCCGAAAUGUUUCUGCAGAUUCAAAACCAAAACAAUUUUCUUAAUCUGCAUUUAACAACCUGUCUGAGUGACUGGGAUAUGAACGAAGAAAUCAAACUAACCACGACAACAGAUCAAUUUUACCAGGACGAAAAGCGCAAUGACCAUUACUUAGUGCACUGGCACUACGCCCGAAGCUGCAGCCGCGUCUCCCCGGAGGGUGACGCCGCGCCUCAGUCACGCUACGACACGGAAGAAUCUCAAGUCCAGCCAAGCUUAUGGUUGAUGGUAAACCCUACUAUAGCGUGUCCAAUCAAGUACCCCAAACAUGUGUCCAGUACUCCAGCAUCCAUUUCACCAACACUGGAGUGUCCCCCAGGUCCAGCUGUCCCCUCCCACAGCCCUGUCACAUACAGCCACCCACCGUCUCCAACAGAGGAAUCCUUUCUUGCUUCUUCAUCCAGCGAGUACCUGCUAACAGACGACGAUGACGCGUCCUCUGUGGACGUCCCGAUUUGCCGGAAGACACGACUGCCUAAGGACAGGGUCCGGAAGCUGGGCUUGGCCCAAAGCAAACGCCUGCAGCGAGUGCUGCAGGAGAGCAACAACCUGAAGAGCGGGGCGUGGCCUCGGCCACCUGUCAACUACUGCAUCCUCAUCGCCAUGGCGCUCAACAGCAGCCGUGCGGGCAGCCUCAACGUACAGCAGAUCUAUAACUUCACCCGAGAGCACUUCCCCUUCUUCCAGACGGCUCCCGAUGGCUGGAAAAACACCAUACGACACAACCUCUGCUUCAGCAACAGCUUCACAAAGACUCCGCAGCAAGUGUCAAGCGAAGGUAAAAGGAAGUCUUGCCUGUGGCACUUGACCCUGGAUGGGCGGCGGCGUCUGCGGGACGAGAUACAGACACUCACGGGGGAGUCAUUCCGAGUUCUGAAGCGCAGCAUGAACAACCCUGAUAUGAUCCAGGCUCUGUUUAAUCUGUGACUGAUUACGUCCCGUAAGCAGCUGGAUGGUGGAAGACGGAAACUAGCUGGAAAAGCGAGACCAGUCGUUAGACCGCAGUCGAGAAACGCAAACGGCUAACGAGUGUUAAUUACAUCUCAGCAGAACAUUUUCUUUAAAUUAUGGCAAGUCGAUGUGUGUGGGGUUUUUUUUUUUCGUGGCGAUCAUAUGGACAGACUCAUUGCGACGACUAUUGUUGCCUUUCACUGUAAAUAAACGCACAUUUUCGGAAA